UGAUUCAUCUGCACUUUUUGUUCUUCUCUCACGCUUUUUGAUUAUUAAAUAAAUAAAGCUGAAAAAUGAAAAUAUCUCAUGAAAGAGAGUCUCACUCUCUGUUUAAGCUUCAAAAAAAUCAAUAUAAAUGAAUCAAAAAUGGAAAGUUUCAUGGAAGGAAUCAUCGUUAUCGUUUGCAGUAGUUUGAUUAGAGGAGUGGUUAUUCAGUUAGGGAUUUGCAGGUUGCGUAGAUUCUGCUUAUGGUGUUUGAGUUUCUCUCUUUUAAGUAUAAAGGGAUUUUGUUCUGAAAUGGAAACUUGAAUUUCUUUGGCACAUUCCAUGCAUGCAUUUGGUGAUCAUAAAAAAUGGGGGGUAUAUGUUCUAGGAAGAGAAAUCAGCAAGUUAUCGAAGAUGAUUUUCGCAGAGGAGUCUCGGGUAGGUAUUGUAGGAGUGGCAGCUCGAAAUGGUUAGGAGCAAGAAGUUUGCGGUCUAUGGCGAAUCAUUCUCCUGGAGGGGGUACCUGCCCCUCCCUCAUGGAUUUAUGCAUAAAUAAGAUACGUGAGGAUUUUCAUAAAUAUAAUUCCUUUUCGAUUCUUCCAAGAGAUAUAAGCCAGCAAAUCUUCAAUGAAUUGGUGGAUUCUCAUUGCCUAACAGAGGCGUCUCUCAAUGCAUUUCGAGAUUGUGCUCUUCAGGAUGUUUACUUGGGUGAAUAUCCUGGGGUGAAUGAUGCUUGGAUGGAUGUCAUCUCGUCGCAAGGGUCUUCUUUACUUUCAGUUGAUAUCUCUGGUUCUGACGUGACAGACAAUGGAUUGCGACUCUUAAAGGAUUGCUCCAAUCUUCAAGCAUUGGCUCUCAAUUAUUGUGACCAGUUUUCAGAACAUGGGCUGAAAUACAUUAGUGGUCUUUCAAACUUAACUUCAUUGAGCAUCAGGAAGAGCAGCGCUGUCACACCUGAUGGAAUGCGUGCUUUCUCUAACUUACUUAAUUUGGAGAAGUUGGACCUUGAGAGGUGUUCAGAGAUCCAUGGUGGAUUUGUUCAUCUUAAAGCUCUGAAAAAGCUUGAGUCUCUUAAUGUUGGAUGCUGUAAAUGUGUUAUGGAUUCAGACAUGAAGGCUAUUUCAGGGCUUAUGAAUUUAAAGGAGUUACAAAUUUCCAACAGCAGUAUUACUGAUAUUGGGAUCACGUAUUUAAGAGGUUUGCAGAAGCUUUCCACAUUAAAUGUUGAAGGAUGCAAUAUUACUGCUGCAUGUUUAGAGUCUAUUUCUGCCUUAGCUGCCUUGGCAUGCUUAAAUCUCAACAGAUGUGGUCUCUCUGAUGAUGGAUUUGAGAAAUUUUCUGGUCUUACAAGCUUGAAGAGAUUAAGUCUGGCGUUUAACAAGAUCACAGAUGAAUGCUUAGUUCAUCUUAAAGGUUUGACAAAUCUGGAGUAUUUGAAUCUGGAUUCUUGUAAGAUAGGUGAUGAAGGGCUUGCUAAAUUGACAGGCCUCAUUCUCUUGAAGAGCUUAGUAUUGUCUGACACUGAAGUUGGAAACAGCGGGCUUCGUUAUAUAUCAGGUUUGAACAAACUGGAAGAUUUAAAUCUGUCAUUUACCUCAGUAACAGAUAAUGGCCUGAAAAGGCUGGCAGGAUUGACUAAUCUAAAAUCACUUAAUCUGGAUGCCCGACAGAUUACGGAUGCUGGACUUGCAAAUCUUACUAGUCUGAGUGGAUUGAUAACACUUGAUCUCUUUGGAGCACGUAUUUCAGACUCUGGAACUGCAUAUUUACGAUCCUUCAAGAAACUGCAAUCCCUUGAAAUAUGCGGUGGAGGAAUAAGUGAUGCAGGUGUUAAAAACAUAAGAGAAAUUGUCUCCCUGACCCAGCUAAACCUGUCCCAGAAUGGCAACUUGACAGAUAGAACUUUGGAAUUGAUAUCUGGCAUGACUGCACUGAGGUCGCUGAAUGUUUCAAAUUGUCGCAUAACCAACGAGGGACUGCGCCAUUUGAAGCCAUUAAAGAACUUACGCUCUCUUACCUUGGAAUCGUGCAAGGUUACUGCUUCUGAAAUUAAGAAGCUUCAGUCAGCUGAGCUUCCAAAUUUGCUAAGCUUUCGGCCAGAAUAGACCAGGAGAACAAGAGAGUUCUGAUCUUUUGCCUAGUGAACAAUUCUCUGUACAUAUUAGCUACUGUUUUGGAUAAUUAUAAUAAUAAGUAAUAUAAGAUAUGGGGUGAUUCUAGAAAAUGUAGACAUAAUAUUAGGCAUGGUAGAAUGUAAAUAUGCUUUAUGCUUUAUUUUGCAUGGUUGUGAUUGUAUCCCCCUGUCUGAGAAUAAUUGUACAUAAAUCUUUUUUUACUUUCUCUCUUAGAUGUAGAUGUCUAGUGGGGCUAUCUAUGUUGUCCGUGCAUUAUGGAAUAACUUUACAUUCUGAUGCAUGUAAUUCAGACGUUUAAACUUUAAAUCAGAGUGACGGCGUCAUUGUGGUA